GCGGCGCGUGCGCAGGGAGAACGGGAGAUGGGCCCUGGCGGAGUUUGAGCUGAGUAUUUUCAGAGGUUCAACCGGAGUCAGUGGGCCCCAUGCUGUCACCGGAGGCAGAGCGGGUACUGCAGUACCUGGUCGAGGUGGAGGAGCUCGCCGAGGAGGUGCUGGCGGACAAGCGGCAGAUUGUAGACCUGGACGCAAAAAGGAAUCAGAACCGAGAGGGCCUAAGGGCCCUACAGAAGGAUCUCAGCCUCUCUGAAGAUGUGAUGGUUUGCUUCGGGAACAUGUUCAUCAAGAUGCCUCACCCUCAGACAAAGGAGAUGAUUGAGAAAGAUCAGGAUCAUCUGGACAAAGAAAUAGAAAAACUCCGGAAACAACUUAAAGUGAAGGUCAACCGCCUCUUUGAGGCCCAAGGCAAACCGGAGCUGAAGGGUUUUAACUUGAGCCCUCUCAACCAAGAUGAGCUUAAAGCUCUCAAGAUCAUCCUGAAAGGAUGAGACUCAAGAAGCAAGAUGGGGGACUAAUGACCAGCAUCCCCGCCAGGGUCUGGAAGACCCAGUCCCUUCCAAGCUUGAAACCUGCAAGGAAAGCAUCUGCCCUUUACAGGGACAGGCAUCAAGAAUCUGGCUAUGACUUCUGUACGUAGCCUCUUUGUCUGUAGUGCUUGGCUGCUCUGCGUUGGCAAGAUGGAAGCCUCAGUCUGUCAGUGUCUGCUGGAACUGACCACCAGGGCUCAGUGCACACAAGACCUAUUGACGGCCCUGGCGGCCAGCAGUGGGAGUGUGGGGCAGUGCCUGUGGGGGUGUGAGAAUGACUACAACAGGCACUUCUCAACAAUGGCCUGCUGUUCACAUGGAGAAGGGCAGGGCGGGAGCUUCAUACCGGCAUUCCUCUCUGGAGGACGGACACUUUCUGACAGGUGUAACAGAAUUGGAAUAAAGCAGGAAGCUCAAAAGUGGUUUCCGAAUGAAGACAGACAUUCAGUGUUGUGUGUUCACCACAGCCAUCGAUGGGGUAGACACACAUUUUCUACUGCUGUCUCCAUUUUUGUCCAUUUUCCUGUUUGCUUCCAGGAGUGGGUGCUGCGUGUCAACCUGCUGUGGCCCUUGUUAGUCAGGAGAGCCUUGCAGAGUCCUGCAUUGGGGUUGGGCGAGUGGGACUGCUACUUAACAUGUGACACAUGUCAAGCAUGCCCCUCCACCACCUCUGAAAACGGCCAGGCCAGUGCUGCUCAGAGUCCCAUUUUCCUUCAGUGGUUAGAGGUCCUAGUGGGAAUGUGCUGUGAGGAUACAGCUGUCUUUGUGUUGAUUGAGGUCUUAAUAAAUGUUAGCUGAAUGAAUGAA